AUGUCUACAUCAACUCCCACAGCCGACCCAUGCAGCCCACGCCGACCGUCUCCUCCCACUCAUGUCCUCGAAACAGCUCUCCAGGUCCAGGACGUGGUGGCAUCGACCAAGUUCUACAAGGAUCUGCUAGGUAUUGAGCCUGAUUUGAACACUCCACGCAUGUCCACCUUCCCCUUGGGAAAUACUACACUCCUCCUCUUCCAACUCAAUGCCACUGCCGACGACAGCGUCCUGCCAGAAUCUCGCGGCACUAUUCCCGGCCACGGGCCCAGCGAUGAUAUCCUUGCACUCCUCAACCAGACUCAAACUACAGAAACCGGCUCCUCCCCGGCUUUCCUCAAACAGCAUUUCUGUCUCGCUGUCCCCUCACGCGCCGACGUUGAGACCUGGGAAAGGUAUAUGGCAGCCACCGGUGUUCAUAUAACUGGUACUGUAGACUGGCCAAGAGGUGGUAGGAGUGUCUAUUUCGCCGAUUUGGAUGGUAACGUUGGCGAAGUUGGAAGUCGUGGCAUUUGGGCUCAUUACUGA